UAUGAUAAAUACUAGUAUAAAUUCCCACCGUCGUCUGGCGCAUGCGUAUAAGACACUCUUACUAUUUUAUUCUUUUUUUCGGUCGAAAAUGGCUCCCAUUCAGAUUUAAACCUCAACGGUUCAGGUGAAAAAUAUUCCUUUCACAAACCAGAUUUAUCAGUCUUAUAGGGACGAAAAUCUCACGCGAUUUAAGGAUGUCAAUAUUCUUGAGUAAAUAACAUUAUGCUUUUGGUUUCAAGGAUGGAAGAUAUAGCUCUUUCAUAUUUAACCCUUUACCUUCCGUGAUCCGCCUUCUAGAUGAGAAAAUGAUGCACCAAGUAUCGAGCAACAGCAGCGACUAUGGUCUGGGUAGCAUUGGAGAUGAUGCCCAACACCCAGCCAGUCACUUUGAACUGUGCACUUCACAAUCUAACAAGUUUUACCCCUCCGCCCCACCUCCCUCGCUACAACUGCCACUCCCAAACUUGCCUCCCUUGCCACAGGGAUUAAUCAAGCCCAUGUCUUGCCAAAUGCAAGACUCCCAAAACGAAUUUCACUCCCAGGCCGUUCGAAUGAGGGGUGCGGAGGCACCAGAGGGGUCCAAGAAGAAGAAGGGUCUCGGCAAGUCCGGACGACGAGGCAGGCCCUCGGGUACGACUAAGUCCGCUGGCUACAGGACGAGUACGGGGCGACCACCUGGGACCACCAGGGCGGCGGGCUUUAAAACCAGCCCGGGAAGGCCGCUGGGCACCACCAAAGCUGCAGGCUACAAGGUGAGCCCAGGUAGGCCUCCAGGCAGCAUCAAGACACUGGCGAGGCUCAACAAACUGGACUAUAGCGCCUGCAAUGGUGCUCCGUUCCCAUACACGAUGAUGCAGAAGAGGACCUUGUGCGAAGCCACCGUAAAAGAGAAAGACACUAAUGAGUAAAGAAUGGGGGGACUUGGGAUGCGGGUGCAUGUGAAUCGUGUUUGUACAGCCAGACUCUUUUUUUUUUAUACUUAAACAUACGUGAAUAUGCCAGUUAUUAUUCAUUUAAUCCUUUUGUGCAUCCUUUUCCAAAGACCUUUAGCAUUACUAUUCUUGUUAUUGCAUAUGUUAACUUAUUGUACAGAUGUGCAUGAUAGUAGUAUUGUGAAAUAAAGUUACAGUAUUGAAUCAGAUAGUAAUCUUUUUGGAAUGUACUGUAGAAAGACCUGGAAACGUGUUGUUUUACACUAAACUUAGUCUCUCUCCUA